AUGUUAAAACGUUUGCAGACUCGCCCGUCCAUCCAGACUGAAGCACAAGCCACCGCCCCAACAUGUCUUACAUUCGACUGCCCAGCUGCUCCAGCCGGUCAACCAUCAUGCAGUCUGGACGGCUCAAACAAGCCGUUCUGUAAUUACUGUCCAGGAAACAUGGACGGGUACACCAACUGCCAAACAGUUGCCUGCACCUCUGGAACUCCUUUCCAUGUAGAUUCCAGCGGAAACGGAAACUGGUAUUCCGCGGGGUAUAACGCAACUUCGCCAGGGAACUCAAUUGUUCCAGCCAAUGCAAAUUGUGUCUAUAAUCUCAACGGAAAAUUCCAAACCGAUGCUACAAUGAGUUUGGCAUGCCUGAAUUCUACAAAAGUCACACUAUCAUUCUUCUCAUCCGAUGGAGGUUUCUCGCAAACUGUUAGCAGUUCGACAACAGCCAGAUCACUAAACAGCUUAUUGAGCAAGAUUCCUGACGGAACAAUCACUUUGACAUCAAUAUCAUCUGAUAAAUCAUUCUGUUUUAUUCCAUUGAGCCCAGUUCAAAGUAGUGUAAAUGCACAUCUCAUGGUUCGGUCUGAUCACAUUAUUAGUUUUCCAGCCACCACCCCAACACCAGCUCCAACAACCACUCCAAGUCCAUGUCUUACAUUCGACUGCCCAGCUGCUCCAGCCGGACAACCAUCGUGCAGUCUGGACGGCUCAAACAAGCCGUUCUGUAAUUACUGUCCAAGAAACAUGGAUGGAUACACUAGCUGCCAAACAGUUGCCUGCAACUCUGGAACUCCUUUCCAUGUCGACUCCAGCGGUAACGGAAACUGGUAUUCCGCGGGGUAUAAUCCAAUUUCGCCAGGGAACUCAAUAGUUCCAGCAAAUUCAAAUUGUGUCUAUAAUCUCAAGGAAAAAUUCCAAACCGAUUCUACAUUUAGUUUGGCAUGUCUGACUUCUACAAAAGUCACACUAACAUUCUCUUCAUCCGAUGGAAGUUUCUCGCAAACUGUUAGCAGUUCGACAACAGCCAGAUCACUAAACAGCUUAUUGAGCAAGAUUCCCGACGGAGCAAUCACUUUGACAUCUACAGCAUCUUAUCAAUCACUCUGUUUUAUUCCAUUAAACAAAGUUCUCAGUAGUGCAAUGCUGGAUGAGAUUCCAGAAAAGAUAAACGGAUUCUUCUCCUGGUUGAUGGGAUAUUGA